AUGAGCCCUCCGCCGCACUCGCGUUGGGGCCCGGUGAGAUCAUUGCUGUGUCUCGCCCCGCUGUUGCUGGGUGUACCGUUUCUCGCGUACAAGGUCAACUAUGGCCUGCCUGAGCCUAUAGUUGAUCCGGUUAAUCCCUCGACCGGCCUUCCGCAGCUUUCGGAGGCGCGCGUUCUUGCGCAUGCGAAGUAUCUUUCAGAAGAUAUCGGCUUCCGCACGGUCGGGACGCGUGAACAUGCCCUCGGCGACGAGUGGAUGAUCAAGCAGGCAGAACUGAUCCGUCUGCAAUGUGAGGACGCGGUACGUGCGCGCCCGGGGCGAAAAUUACAAUGCGAGGUCUGGCAUCAGCAGGGGAGUGGAAGCCAUCGAUUCGACAUGAUGGGUCACCGACUCUACAAAACUUAUGUGGACCUAACGAACAUCGUUGUCCGAAUUUCGGAUGGUACUGACGCUGGAAAAGAACAUGCUGUCUUGGUGAAUGCGCACGUAGACAGCACGCUACCUUCCCCAGGUGCAGCAGAUGACGCCCUUUCGGUUGGUAUCAUGCUGGAAUGCAUGCGUGUACUGGUCGACACGCCUGAUUGGGAGCCGACUCAUGCCAUUAUUUUCUUGUUCAACAACGCGGAAGAAUCCCUGCAAGAUGCGUCGCAUCUAUUCUCCACUCAACACCCUAUCGUGAACACUGUUAGAGCUGCGGUCAAUUUGGAAGCUGCCGGCACUACUGGCCGCGAGCUGCUCUUCCAGGCGACUUCAGAGCAAAUGAUUCGCGCAUAUGCAUAUGCUCCCAGACCAUUCGGCACUAUUGUCGCGAAUGAGGUAUUCACCUCAGGGAUCAUCCUAUCUGAUACAGAUUUUCGUCAAUUCGAGCAAUACCUGAAUGUCACCGGUCUUGAUAUCGCGGUGGUCGGCAACAGCUACCUAUACCACAUGCGCAAGGAUCUUGUAGAGAACAUAGAGCCUGGAGUGGCCCAGCACAUGGGAGAAAAUGUUCUUGGGCUUCUCCUGCACCUGUCAUCGCCUGAAUCCCCGCUACCGGCUCUCACGGAAGGAUAUUCUCGCCCGAGCACCGUUUUCUAUCAAUUCCUCGGGCAGUUCGUCGUCUACUCCUUCAGCACUGCGAAGAUUCUAUAUGCUCUGCUAUUCACUGCCUCAAUCGUGUUCGUACGUCUCACUUACGUCGACCCUGCCCCUGCGCUGCGGCAGGGCAAGAGCGCAUUCGGCGAGCAGGUGAAGGGCACAAUAGCGGUAUCUGCUGCGCUUGUUGGAGCGUUCUUGAAUGUAAAUGUCGUCGCGUUCAUCAUGGCGAAGGUGCUGCACAAGCAGAUGAGCUGGUUCUCUUCGGAGAGGUCAUGUGUGCUGCUAUAUGGGCCCGCUGCACUUUCUGGUGCACUCGCCUCGCAGUUGCUGGUGGGCCGUGUGCGCGAACGCACCUCUUUUACUGCAGUCCUGUUGCUACAGUCGUUCCUGGCUUUAGUAGGCCAGCUUGCAGGUAUUGGGUCGGCUGGUGUUUUUGCUCUUUCAGGCUUCCCGAUUCUCCUGUCGCUCGUGUUGAAUGCAAUCGUGUCCAAACCCGGCGAUGACAUCUCGCUAUGGAGCUAUGCACUUGCGGCCUUCACGCCCCUGUCGCUCGGUGCCCAGAUGUUCUACAUCACGCUGGACGUCUUCGUUCCAUUGACAGGCCGCAUUGGGGAAGAAGCCCCCGCGGAGCAUAUCAUUGCGUCUAUCGUAGCCGGUGCAGGCUCAUACACGCUUCCGCUGCUCGUGCCAUUUGUGCACCGCUUCGGCAGGCGGACGAUCCUGCGUGGUGCAGUGCUAUUCUCCAUGCUGACAGCUCUUGCAAUGGCUAUUUUCUCGAUGCGGUCGCCGUUCGACGCCAUGCACCAGAAGCGUGUCUUCAUUAUCCAUAUGGAGAAUGUGACGACGCAGGAGCAGCACUUACACGUUGCGGCAGCGGACGGUGCGCCUGGCUUUGACAUCUUGGCGCAUAGCAUUGCCCGCCAGUUCAGUGUGCCGGGGGUGGUGCCCGAGCCGGUGUCAAUGAACACCUGGAAUAACGACUGGGAUACCAUGUAUCCCUUCUCCAAUUUCCUCACCCCGUACAAAUUCGACCUUCCACUAAAACCCGAAUACAUGGACGCACCUGAGCACGACUUUACAGUCACAGCCGUCAAUAACAAAAUAGACACAGCAGCAGGGACGAGGAGUCUCACCCUGAAGAUAUACCAUCCCGGAAUUAUCUGGACAGCCGUGACAUUCGAUGCACACGUCCUACAGUGGGCGCUAGACAACAACCCUCCAGACGAGUAUACCCGCCACUAUAUCAAAGAGGGCUCAUUCUACGGCCAUGACACAUGGACCGUUGACCUCGUGGUGAAGAUCCCCGAGGGAGACCCGGAUGCGCGCAUCCGGGUAAACUUUGUGGGCAUCCACGAGAAGGCGAUGUGGCCGGGGAAGAAGGCAGAAAAGGAGCUCGGUGGGCGCGCAAUGGCGCUGUUUGAGGAGUUUGACGCCUGGAUAGAGAAAGAGACCGAAGGCAAGGUCGACGCGCUCCUCCUCGGCUGCGUGGGUGGCAUUACGACGGUAUGAAUGACGACGUCAGAAUGGUGUGUGCUGAGCCUGGCCGGCCAGUUGCAUGCAUCAUGCGGACCCAAAGAAUCAGUCGUUUACAUGUAUCCCUCCCUAUGACUUUUGCUUGUCUAUUAAUCUCAUGUUCGCCAUC